AUGGAUCCCGUCGUGCGUGUAUCCCGGGUCCCUGCACAGCCCUUAGUGCCAAACAACAAGAAAAAAACACACACCCGCCAGCCACACAGCCUUGCACUGGUGUCUGGCGAGUACUUUGGCCUGAUUGCUCAACGCAGUGCUUCUCCCAUCCACCUGUCACCUGUCCAGGCUCGUGGCGGAAAGCUGUACAUUGGCGGAGGCGGCCCAUCGUCCUACUGCCCACCCAACAUUGGAGCCGAGAACUGCCCAUCGGGCAACAGCACCGUCUUCACUGGCGGCAACUGGACUCUCAGCAUGGGCGUCGUUGUUCCCGGCGGCCAGCAGGUCUUUGUCCAGUCGGACGGUGCUCUGGGCUACACGCUUCCUCACUCUGCCGCCAUUCCCAACGGCGCUGUCCUCACGGGCUUCAGCACCACGUCGUCUCCUCUCGGCGAGCAGUUUGGCUACCUCAACUUCUACGACGGCUUCCUGGCGUGCCCUGCCGAGGCCCAGGGCUACCAGGUCUACGGCCUGAUCCCCAACAACACCUACAGCAACGACUGCCUCUCCUUCAGCGCUCUGAUGGCCCCUGCCACCAGCCCUGGCGCCUGGGAGUACUAG